AGGAUCCUGCUGGCGAGUCUGGAGGUAGCCGUCACAGAAUCAUGGCUGUUGUAAUAGAAACUACUAUAGGAGAUUUCACCGUUGAUUUGUAUACAGACGAACGACCGCAAACAUGCAGGAAUUUCUUGAAGUUGUGCAAGUUGAAAUACUACAAUUGGAAUCUGUUCCAUUCGGUUCAGGGCAAUUUCAUUGCUCAGACUGGAGAUCCUACUGGCACCGGUAAAGGAGGUGAAAGUGUUUACGGGAUCGUAUUAGGCGAGAAAGCACGGUAUUACGAGGCAGAACAGAUGCCGAAGAUAAAGCAUGACAGGAGUGGACUACUAUCUAUGGUGAAUUGUGGUAACAAUAUGCUGGGCUCUCAGUUCUUUGUAACGCUGGCUUCGGAGCUUCAGUCUCUGGACGGGGAACACUGUGUAUUUGGCGAAAUCACAGAGGGUUUGGAAAUUAUCUUCAAGCUCAACGAAACGAUCUGCGAUGGCGAUAACAGGCCCUAUCAAGAUAUACGUAUUUCCCACACUAUCAUUUUGGAAGAUCCCUUCGAGGAUCCCAAGGGUUUUAUUGUUCCUAGUCAAAGCCCACCGCCUACAAAGGAAUGUUUAAUGAGUGACAGAAUCGGCGCGGACGAAGUAAUAGAUGACACAGCCGGCAUGACAGUCGAAGAGAUCACAGAGAUGCAAAAGGAAAAAGAAGCGAAGGCUAGAGCCACGAUUUUGGAGAUCGUGGGCGACAUUCCAGACGCAGAAAUGGCACCACCUGAAAAUGUUCUAUUCGUUUGCAAACUGAAUCCUGUUACAAACGACGACGAUCUUGAAAUCAUUUUCAGUCGAUUCGGAAAAGUCGUCGGGUAUGUUAUUUUAUUUAACUAUUUCACUUCAUCUCCUUUAUUGACAAGCAUGGCAGGAGAACUAGUAUAG